AUGGCCUGGCGCAACGCUUUGUCUAAGAGCAUGCAGGAGCUUAGAAUCCACCUUUGCCAGGCGUCCGAAGCGAGCAAGGGUGUCAGGGAGUUCGUUGUGUCUAACUACGCGGAGAUGAAGAAAGCAAACCCGCACUUCCCCAUUCUUGUGCGGGAGUGCGCGGGAGCGGAGGCCAAGCUCAUUGCCCGUUACGAUUAUGGAGUCGAAAAAGCGUUGAGCGUGCAAGGGGCAGACACGACAGUGGUGUUGUCUAAGCUCCAAGAGCUCAUCAAGGCGGGCGAGAAAAUGCCAAAGGGCGACGGGAACCACACGAAUUCCUGUAACCCGGUGUGGGAGUGUCCGGCUGGCGAGGCGAUAGCCUUGACGGUGACGUACAGGAAGAGGUUCUUCGGGCCUAUGCCGAGCCAUCCUAAAGGGCACAUUGGCGUGAUUUCAGCUGGGUCCGCAGUCCGUAAACCGAAUGACGUUUUGGGGCUUUCAGGGUAGUCUGGGGGCUACCAAGAAUAAAUAGGGUUCCAAUCUGUUGGCUGGUAUCUAUGUGUCGCCAUCGACGUGCUGUCUAGCAGUUACAUGCUCUGGCAGCGCCACCAGCCCACUUGGCACCAUUGUCCUUGCAGCGUUUCAGCGGGAUGGUCAUUACAUAGAAGUGUCAUAGUGCCCCAAACUCACACAGAAUAACAGAGCCAAAAGCCAAGAUGUCAUCUGGCAUAAUGCUGUCUCUACUACUUAUAUAUAGACGGUAUUGUGCCCUAUGUGCGCAGUCAACAUCACGACCGUUGCAGCUGUCACUGGCUGUCCCUGAUGUGUACGAUACUGGCUGCCGUCCGCGUCCGCAACUAUUUGCUCUGCCAGCAUUAUGACCAAAUACUCCAAACUGCAAUUACAAAGCAUGCUCUAUUUACUGUACAUUAUUGACGCACAGAAAUUCUCAGCGGUGUUGUU